GCCCCUCUGCAGAGAGAACGGGAGCUCCAUUCAAACAAACCGAAUCUCCGGGAUGCGACAGUAAAGAGAGAGACAGAAACACAGGAGACACACGCUCGCACACACACACCGUGUACCGGAGAGCAGCAAAGCACCGACACACACAUACACAACCGCAGACACACAACACACUCUGAGCAGAAGGAGGCUAACGGCUAACAGCUAACAUGGCGAGCGCCUCAUACCACAUCUCCAACCUGCUGGAGAAAAUGACUUCCAGCGACAAGGACUUCAGGUUUAUGGCCACUAACGACCUGAUGACGGAGCUACAGAAAGAUUCUAUCAAACUGGACGACGACAGCGAGAGGAAGGUGGUGAGGAUGAUUCUCAAGCUGCUGGAAGACAAGAACGGAGAGGUUCAGAAUCUGGCCGUCAAAUGCCUGGGCCCGCUGGUCAGUAAGGUGAAGGAGUACCAGGUGGAGACGAUCGUGGACACGCUGUGCACCAACAUGCUGUCGGACAAAGAGCAACUCAGAGACAUCUCCUCCAUCGGACUGAAGACCGUCAUCGGAGAGCUGCCGCCAGCCUCCAGCGGCUCAGCCCUGGCUGCCAGCGUCUGUAAGAAGAUCACGGGUCGCCUGACGAGCGCCAUCGCCAAACAGGAAGACGUGUCGGUGCAGCUGGAGGCUCUGGACAUCAUGGCCGAUAUGCUCUGCAGACAGGGCGGUCUGCUGGUGAACUUCCACCCCUCCAUCCUCGGCUGUCUGCUGCCUCAGCUCACCUCCCCGAGACUCGCCGUCAGGAAGAGGACGAUCAUGGCCCUGGGACACCUGGUGAUGUCCUGUGGGAACCUGGUGUUCAUCGACCUGAUCGAGCACCUGCUGACGGAGCUCGGCCGGAACGACAACAUGUCGACGACCCGGACCUACAUCCAGUGCACCGCCGCCAUCAGCAGGCAGGCCGGGCACCGCAUCGGCGAGUACCUGGAGAAGAUCAUUCCCCUGGUUGUGAAGUUCUGCAACGUGGACGACGACGAGCUCAGAGAAUACUGCAUCCAGGCCUUCGAGUCCUUCGUCAGGAGGUGUCCUAAAGAAGUUUACCCCCACGUUCCCACGGUGAUCUCCAUCUGCCUGCGCUACCUGACCUACGACCCCAACUACAACUUCGACGACGAAGACGAGGACGACAACGCCAUGGACGCCGAGCAGAACGACGAAGACUAUCAAGGCAGUGAUGAUGAGUACAGUGAUGAUGACGAUAUGAGCUGGAAGGUCCGUCGGGCGGCGGCUAAAUGCCUCGACGCCGUCGUCUCGACUCGCCAUGAGAUGCUGCCCGAGUUCUACCGCUCUGUCUCCCCCGCACUCGUCUGCCGCUUCAAGGAGAGGGAGGAGAACGUGAAGGCGGAUGUUUUCCACGCCUACCUGUCGCUGCUCAAACAGACACGCCCGGCUCAGAGCUGGCUGACCGACCCCGACGCCAUGGAGCAGGGAGACACGCCGCUCACCAUGCUGCAGAGCCAGGUCCCUAUGAUAGUGAAGGCUCUCCACAAGCAGCUGAAGGAGAAGAGCGUGAAGACUCGGCAGUGUUGUUUCAACAUGCUGACGGAGCUCGUCAACGUCCUGCCCGGAGCCCUGACCGCCCACAUCCCCGUACUAAUACCAGGCAUCAUCUUCUCUCUGAACGAUAAGUCGAGCAGCUCGAACCUGAAGAUUGACGCUCUCUCCUGCCUGCACGUCGUCAUGGUAACUCACCCGGCGCACGCCUUCCACGCUCAUGUUCCCGCGCUCGUCCCGCCAGUGGUGGCCUGUGUGGGAGACCCCUUCUAUAAGAUCACGUCAGAGGCGCUGCUCGUCACCCAGCAGCUCGUCAAGGUGAUCCGCCCCCUGGAUAGCCUGCCGGAGAGCCCGGACAGUUUCGACCCCUCCCCCUACAUCAGCGACCUGUUCACCUGCACCAUCAAACGGCUGAAGGCCGCUGACAUCGACCAGGAAGUGAAGGAGCGCGCCAUCUCCUGCAUGGGACAGAUCAUCUGUAACCUCGGCGACCGGCUGCCGACUGAACUCCCCGGCACGCUGCUGAUCUUUUUGGAGCGUCUGAAGAAUGAGAUCACCCGACUGACCACAGUGAAAGCUCUGACUCUGAUCGCUGGCUCUCCGCUGAAGAUCGACCUCCGGCCGGUUCUCCCCGACGCAGUGCCCAUCCUCGCCUCGUUCCUCCGCAAGAACCAGCGAGCUCUGAAGCUGUGCACGCUGGCAGCGCUCGACAUCCUGCUCAGGAACUACAGCUCGGCGGUGACCCCGGUGAUGGUGGACGCGGUGCUGGCCGAGCUGCCCCCCCUCAUCUCAGAGAGCGACAUGCACGUGUCUCAGAUGGCGCUCAGCUUCCUAUCGACGCUCGCCGUCACCCACCCCUCCUCCCUGGGUCAGCUGACCGGGGGGAACAUCCUGCAGCAGCUCAUCGCUCUGGUCAGGUCCCCGCUGCUGCAGGGGGGGGCGCUGUCCGCCAUGCUCGAAUUCUACCAGGCGCUGGUGUCCACAGAGACCCCCGGCCUCGGCUACAUGGACCUCCUGAGGAUGCUGACGGGUCCGGUUUACUCCCAGAGUGCCGCACUGCCUCACAAGCAGGCGUACUGCUCCAUCGCCAAGUGUGUCGCCGCUCUGACCCGAGCCUGUCCUGACGAGGGGCCGGCUGUGGUGGGGCAGUUCAUACAGGACGUGAAGAACAGUCGCUCCACGGACUCCAUCCGGCUGCUCGCUCUGCUCUCAUUGGGCGAGGUGGGACAUCAUGUGGACCUCAGCAGCCAACCAGAGCUCAAGACCGUCAUCCUGGACGCCUUCUCCUCCUCCAGCGAAGAGGUGAAGUCUGCGGCGUCGUACGCGCUGGGCAGCAUUGCGGUGGGGAAUCUUCCGGAGUAUCUGCCCUUCGUCCUGCAGGAGAUCACUUCCUCUAAGAGACAAUACCUGCUGCUGCACUCCCUCAAAGAGAUCAUCAGCUCUGCGUCGGUGUCGGGGCUGAAGCCGUACGUGGAGGCCGUGUGGACGCUGCUGCUGAAGCACUGCGAGUGUUCGGAGGAGGGAACCAGGAACGUGGUGGCCGAGUGUCUGGGGAAGCUGACGCUGAUCGACCCGGAGACGCUGCUGCCGCGCCUCAAGGGAUACCUGCUCUCAGGUUCAUCGUACGCCCGCAGCUCGGUGGUGACGGCGGUAAAAUUCACCAUCUCAGACCAACCGCAGCCCAUCGACCCGCUGCUGAAGAACUGCAUAGGGGACUUCCUGAAGACGCUGGAGGACCCGGACCUGAACGUGCGGCGCGUCGCCUUGGUAACGUUUAACUCGGCGGCGCACAACAAGCCGAGUCUGAUCCGAGAGCUGCUGGACUCGGUGCUGCCGCAGCUUUACAACGAGACCAAAGUCCGGAAGGAGCUCAUCAGAGAGGUGGAGAUGGGGCCCUUCAAACACACAGUGGAUGAUGGGCUGGAUCUCAGGAAGGCUGCGUUCGAGUGCAUGUACACUCUGCUGGACAGCUGCCUUGACCGCCUCGAUAUCUUCACCUUCCUCAACCACGUGGAGGACGGUCUGAAGGACCACUACGACAUCAAGAUGCUGACGUUCCUGAUGCUGGCCCGCCUCUCCUCCCUGUGUCCGAGCGCCGUCCUGCAGAGACUGGACCGACUGGUGGAGCCUCUGAGAGCCACCUGCACCACCAAGGUGAAGGCCAACUCGGUGAAGCAGGAGUUCGAGAAGCAGGAUGAGCUGAAACGCUCGGCGAUGCGAGCUGUUGUAGCGCUGCUGACGAUUCCUGAGGCCGAGAAGUCGCCGCUGAUGUCGGAGUUCCAGUCGCAGAUCUCGUCCAAUCAGGAGCUGGCGGCCAUCUUUGACUCCAUCCAGAGGGACUCCAGCUCCGCCAACAUGGAGUCCAUGGACACCAGCUAGAGAGACUAACACAUUACCCACCAUGCAACAUGGCACCCUUCCCCCCCACCCCUUCUCGCUGCUGGAGCGCUAACCGUGCAGCAUGUUUCCAUUAAAUACACACACACACACACACACACACACACACACACACACACACACACACACACACACACACACACACACACACACACACACCUGUAGUGUUCCAUGAUGCAUUGCACUGAAAUCAGCUGUUGGAAGGGAGAAAGGAAGACGGACAAAAACAAAGAAGAAAAAUAAGAUUUAAAAAAGUUCCAUGAGGCUUCGGAAGCCCUUCCCACUUCCUGUAUGUUUUUCUAGCGGGGUCGUCUGAUUGGCUGAUCUCCCUGUUCAUCACAUUCUUCCCUUUUUUUUCUUUUUUUUUUCAUUAUUCCAGAAAGUUCCGCAGGUACUGUACUGUAACCUGAUAGGCCGCUGCUGAGUGACUGACAGUUGGCGUUUUAUCGAAACUGACCAAUGAGGAGACGGCCUUGUAUUUGCCUGAGGCUGUGGUGACCAAUGGGAGAAGGGCUCGCUCUGUUUUUUGUUUAUUUUUCUCGCGAAUGAUGUGUAGGCAACCAAUAGGAGGCUUUGGCCGAGGUUUGGGGCAGGGUUUAACUGUUUGUGGACCAAUCAGCUUCUUUGUGUCAUUCGAUAGAAAUCCUCUGAAGUGAGGAGGAGAUAUUAUUGGACCAGGUCCGACCCUGACCAGACCUGACUGGACGAUGCUGCAACGCAGUGUAGUAAAUACGACACAUUUGUGGGUUUCUCCGUCAGUCAGUUGGAUUUACUGUUGUCGCUCUAAAAAUAAGGUCCGGUCCGGUCCGGUCAGAACAAUCCACUGUUGUUUAUCGCCCAAGAAAAAUAAAAAAGGUCCAUUUCUGCCUGCCUUCAUA